AUGAGUGUUCAAGCUAAUUCGUCGUUGGCCGGAAAUAGUCUCGCGGCCGUCAUAAUUCGUGGCCUGGUUAAGAGCGAGAAUGGCUCCGAUAUGGACCUUCAUCUCAUUCGUACCCCUCCGGAAGCCCAAAACUGCGUCCAAUUUGUUCAGUCUCGGCGGGAGGGGGUUGCUCUGUCCGAGAUGCCAGCCCGACCCUCGUCUACACUCCCAGAACCAGGAAACGCAGUCCUCAUUGUGAGGCUUAAAGAGGGCCUGGGUAAAGGCCGCGCUGGGGCCGUUCACGAUGUCGAAAUAUGUGCUUGCUCGACGCCAUUUGAUAUUCCCCCGCUGGUUGUCAAAGUUGCUAAUCGAGACUUCUGCGAUGAUCUGUCCAAGGAGGCUUGGUUGUACGAAGAGAUGGAGAGUCUACAAGGGGUUGCAGUACCUCGCUACUAUGGAUACUUCCUGGCCGAACUCCCUCCGCACGCCAAGGUCGCCUCCUGGAAUCGCAUAGCUACGACCAAGUUCCCAAUAUCAAUUCUGUUGCUGGAGCGCUUGGGGGGGAAAUUGCCUCUGGGGAGGCCUAUCCCGCAGAACCUCCAGGAUGACUUGUGGGACGUCAUGAAGGACAUAUCGGAGUUACACAUUUUCAACGACGACAUUCGCUACGAUAAUGUCUUACUGGCCCCGAAAUCCCCUCCCGCUCUUCCAUCCCUAGUAUCACCCUAUCGUCACCGGUCAUAUGGAUUACGCCUUGUCGAUUUCGAUACAGCUUACAAGAUUAAUUUCUAUCCGCACAUACUCGUUGAAGAUCACGAGGAACUCAUCAGGCUCAUUCUUGACAACGUGCCGCAAGGUGGCACUGUCAAUCCCUCCGAUCGAGAUUGAGUACUUGAUAUUCUGGCUAGGGUCUGCAAUGUAAGAGGAUCGUGAGACCCGGGACAUGAAGAAAUAGAACGAUGUUGAUACGCAUGUACGCGUACAGUAGUAGUACUAGCUUUAUACGACAGAAGUCUAUCCGCCGACGCACGACCUAAUCACUGUCGUCUAUGUACGCCUUGCUUUUAUACCUGGACUUCGAGGUAGUGGUGGGAGUCUCACGAGCACUGAUGAGUGCCCAGAGAUCCUCUUCGUUUCGAGUAUCGAGGGCACAAUCUUCUUGGUCCAACUCAUCCUCCUCCAGCAGCUCCGCCAGCAAUGCCUCUUCCUCGGUUUCGGCAGGCAUCAAGGAGUCCAUAUCUGCGUAAUCGGAGAUAGUUCUCGACGCAUGGGGCUGUCGAGUGGUCCGGGAUGGGCCUGGAAGGAUAUCUGACGGCGCGGCCGAGAGUCGGACCACAGGAGCGUAGAUGUCCCUGUGCAGAGGGAUGGAAGACAGUGCAGAUUGGCCUAGAGCCGGGUCUCGGAACUGAGAGUCUUCUCCGUCCGUACUCCGCCCAUCACACUCGGCCGCGCUGUUGUGACUCGCCGUGCGAUUGAAAGCCU